AUGUACAGAAUAGAUGUUUCAGAUUUUUAUGACUUCCAAGCAUUCAGAAAUAUGUGUCCAUUUAGAGACUAUAACAAAGCAGUCGAGAAUUUGAAACGUUUAGUCAUUUAUGUUGACUCUGCCCCAGAAUGUUAUGUCAUGAAAGAAUGGGAUGUUGUCUUUAACAAACCAAGAGCAACAAUAGUGUCUGAACAAGAAUGUAGACAGAAACUUAAGAAAAUAAAAGUCGUACAAGUUGGAAUGAAGAUGUUAGAUGCUUGGGAUAUCUUAUUGUCAAAGUUAGAAGAUUUUUCAGUUCGAGGUAUAAAGUUCUAUACACCUUCUCCAAACUUCUAUUCUAUCUUCACUGGAUAUAAAUACGAACAAGUAGAAUGGAAAGAAAAUAUUAUAGAAGCUUGGUUAGACCAUGUCAAAGAAAUUAUAUGCAAUGGAAACGAAAAGGUUUAUGAGUAUAUCUUAUGUUGGUUUGCAAACAUCUUACAACAUCCAAGUGCUAAAAAUGAAACUGCUCUCAUUAUAAUUGGAAAACAAGGAACUG